AGGUAGAAGGCUAACCGACCUUGUUAUUAAUGAAAAUUAAAAUACAAAUGCAGUAAAAUGUAUUUUCACAAAACACUUUGGAUUUUAAUAUUCUGUCUCAUAGUGGUGGAGGCAUUGAAGUUUCGUGUAAAGAAAAUUACGGAACAGCACAGAUUAGCCGCUAUCAAAACUGAUGACCCAGAGAACAAGUGGUUUGAUCAAAUCCUUGACCACAAUGAUCCUAAAAAUAAUCAAACGUGGAGACAGAGAUACUACGCUUAUGAUACUUUUUACGAUCGAGCAGAUCCAGGGCCCGUAUUUUUGCUAAUAGAAGGAGAGGGAAGUCUUAGCCCUUCCUGGGGGGUCAAAGGAUAUUGGAUAGAAUUAGCUAAGAAAUUUAAAGCACAAGCUUUUUAUUUAGAACAUCGCUUCUAUGGAGAGAGUCACCCAACAAGUGAUUUAAGUAUGAAAAGUCUAAAAUACUUGACGUCUCAACAAGCACUUGCCGAUAUUGCAAACUUUAUUAAAGGAAUGAAUAAGCAGUACAAACUGAGUGCUUCUACAAAGUGGGUAGCGUUUGGCGGAUCUUAUGCGGGCGCCCUAGUAGCUUGGCUCAGACUCAAAUAUCCUAAAGUUGUGUAUGCAUCGGUGUCAUCAAGCGCUCCUGUACAGGCUACAUACAAUUUCAAAGACUUUUAUUCAGUGGUUGUAAAAUCAUUGAGGGUGAAAGUUCCUGGUGUUCAAUGUGACCUGAAAGUGAAAGCUGCACAUGAAGAACUUGAAAAAUUAAUUCGAAAGAGCCCAGAAGUUGUUGUAAAAGAUUUAAUGAUCUGCAAGCCCUACACAGAUUGGACUGAACAUGAUUUAAAGCUAUUCUACGUUUCAAUGGCUUCCUCUUUUGCUGAUCUUGUACAAUAUGAUGAUGUCAACUCUGCAACCAGAAAGUCUUAUAACUACACUAUCAGUUAUGUAUGUAAUAAUAUAUUUAAAAAUAACAGCCCAUACACUGCGCUCGUGAAAUUUAAUGAACUUUCACUGAAUCUAUACAAUGAGACGUGUGUCGAUAUUGAUUAUAAUAAUAUAAUAUCGGACUUAAGGAACGAGUCUUUGACUUCUUCAUCAGAUCGGCUUUGGUUGUACCAAACGUGCACAGAGUUAGGUUACUUCCAAACAUCGGACAAAGUUGUAUCAUUUUUCGGCAAUUACUUUCCAAUUGAUUUCUGGACGAAGAUAUGCACAUCAACCUUUGGAGAAGAAUAUAACGAAACGUUUAUCAUGUCAGGAAUCGCCAAAACUAAUCAUUAUUACGGUGGUGCUGAUAUAAAUGCAACUCGCAUCCUCUCUGUACAUGGGUCGAUCGAUCCCUGGCAUGCUCUAGGAGUUACUGAGUGUCGACCCAAUAUGCCCCGCAUAUACAUUAAAGGAAGUGCCCAUUGCGCGGAUAUGUACCAACAAGACGACGAUGAUUCCGAGGAGAUAAAUAACGCUCGAAAAAAAGUUAAAUGCUACUUGGAAAAAUGGUUACAUAGGAAAACGGUACAGUAACUUAUAGUUAUAAACGAAGUUUAUCAGAAAGUCUUAAUAUUGUUUUGGCACUAAUAAAAUUUAUAAUUGCA